CUCAAACUCAUGCAUCACACAGUUGUACAUUUAGACGGAGAAAGGGCUAAGGUCAAUCAAUUUAUUUUCAAGAGUGCACCUUAUUAAGCUACUGAUAGAAGAUGGUUUAGGAAGCGCGAUUGUAGAGAAUCAGGAAAGGAGCAGACUUUACAGCACGGCCCAGCCAACCGAGUAUAAAAUUACGCGCAGAGGAGCGAAAAUCUAGAGAGAGAAAGCGCGUCCCUUUAGAGAGAGAGAGAGGGGGGGAGGAGUUUUGGAUUACCACAGAUGCUCUCAGUACAAUAUUGCGAUCAGCAUCUUACUUGCAGUUCAAAUGCCAUCAUUAAAAAUGAAAACAACCACAGGCUGUUUAAAGGAAAAGAUAGGUCUUCAUGUAUGUCGAAAGUCAAGCGUGAUAUCCAAGAGCCCUCUCUCUCGUGCCAGAACCCCUCAAGAUGCAGAAGAAGUUUCUAUAUGCACUCAAAGCAACCAGGAUGUUCAUGAUACAGUACAUGCACGGGAUCUUGGAAGAGAUGAGGCCAGCCAAGAUCUUGGAAGAGAUGAGGCCAACAAAGAUUCUGGAAGGGAUGAUGCCAACCAUGAUAAGUUGUCUAUUGAAGACAAAGUUUUCCAGAAACAGUCAUCAAUUUUCACAGAUUCAGCUACCAAAAAUACAGAGCCUACAUCAUCCAAAUGCUCCUCAAACAUAGAAACCAUUUUUUCUCCGAUUCUGGAGUCAAUCGAUUUAUACAAUAAUGGAGGAAGUGAUGAUCUGUAUGUGCCACAGUUGGAUAGUGAAGACAGUGACGAUUGCAGCAGAAGUUCAUGCGAACAUCAAGCAUGCAAUAUAUCAGAUUUCUACAUCUCUGACAUGAUUUUUUCAGGAGCACCCAGUGGAAACAAUUCCCAAUUUGAUAACAGGACAGAUACAGAUUUCUUACCUGAUUAUAAGUUUGAAGAGUCUAGUUUACUUUGUGAUCUGACAGAGGAAUACAUGGCAUUGCCUUUCCUGGAGGAAAAUUUAGAUACUGGGCAUGAUUUUGAUGGCAGACCGCCCCAAGAAACCAUCGAUCCCGAUAACUCCAGCUUGUAUAUGGCAAUUCAUCAAUUGAAAUCUUGCAACCAGGAUUCUCAAAUAAAUACUUGCAGUGACCAAGAUUAUGAGUGCUUUGAUCCACAAAUGUAUAUUAGAAGUCUUCCAGACCAGCCGGAUGUGGCAUUUUCUUUGUUGCCAACCUCGGUGUCAAAUGAGAAGCAAAAUAAACAGAUCACUUUAGUACUUGAUUUGGAUGAAACACUAGUGCACUCUACAUUGGAGCACUGUGAUGAUGCGGACUUCACGUUUUCUGUUUUCUUCAACAUGAAAGAACAUACUGUGUAUGUUAGACAGAGGCCCCAUCUCCAGACUUUUCUUAGAAGAGUGGCUGAUAUGUUUGAAAUUGUGGUGUUCACUGCUAGUCAAAGCAUAUAUGCAAAACAACUCUUGGAUAUCCUUGAUCCUGAAGGCAUGCUUAUAUCAAAACGAGCUUAUCGGGAAGCAUGCAUCUUUUCAGAGGGAAUUUACACGAAAGACUUGACAGUAUUGGGUGUCGACCUUGCUAAAGUUGCUAUUAUUGAUAAUUCCCCUCAGGUCUUCAGGUUGCAAGUGAAUAAUGGUAUUCCUAUUAAGAGUUGGUUUGACGACCCAUCAGAUUGUGCAUUAAUUUCCAUGCUACCAUUUUUGGAGUCCUUGGUUGAUGCUGAUGACGUACGACCCAUCAUUGCUAGGAAAUUCGGUAACAAGGAAUAAAGCUCCUUGUCUGUCCUUAUUAGUGUGUUUUAUCAUUCCAUGGCCCCUUCAUUUGAUCUUUUUUCUUUCCCCAGUGAAAGUUUUCUUUGUUUCUGAUGCUCCUGAUUCCUUCCAUGAGCCUUGAUAUAUAGCUAUCACAUUUUAUAUAAUUCUCCAGGUUGUUGAGUGAGGUUAUCUUGAUUCCUUCCAUUACCUUGUUAAUUGAUAAGCUAAUUUGUGGCAGAGGUCAGUUUAAGUGAGGUUUCUAUUUGCUUUGUACAGCUUUAGGUGCGGAGAUGUGUGUAUAUGAAUUGAUUUGUGAAAUAAAUCAUUGUUCUGAUUUAACUUUUUCUUGAUCGACAGUUCCAUAAGCUGAUAUUAGUUAUGACUUCUGGUACUUGCCCCAAGUAUGUCAACUACACUUGAUGAUGAAGAAUGGGUUUGUGCCUUAUGUUCUUAUUGGUGAAUGAACUGAAAUGAGCAUUAUAAGUUUUUGAUCCUUCGAUGCUUUUAUUGAGUCUCUUGAAAGUACAUGAAGUAAUAUUUCAAAUUGCAGUGGCUUUUUGGUAUGAUAUAUGUGCCAUUUUGAAAAGUCUGAUAAAACACGUUUGCUUGUAGGGACCUCCCUUUCAGUAGUGCUCUGAAAGUCCCUUGGAAGAAAUAAAGUAAACAAAGUCAUUUGGAUUGGUAAACUUAGAUUUGUGCUAUUAUUUACAAAUUUGCCAUUUGAAAUGCAGAGUUAGAGUCGAUUCUGUUCUCUAUAGGUGUAUCGUAUGAAUGGCUUUUCUCUCACCUCCUUCCCCUCUUUGUUGCAAAGUAUAGUUCUAUUGUUUUCUUUUUUGUCAGCAUUGCUGCCGCACUGCUUUACUCCCCUCGCUUACAUCCUUGGUGUUUUAUUGGUAAGUGGAAGAUAGAUGGUGAAAUCAUACCAGAUUACUAAUGUCCCAAAAUGAUUGGCAUAAUCGAUCUCCUUUUUAAUAUAAUGUAACAUUGUUGAUGCUACCAUUGACAGAUGACCUCGUAUUAUUGUGAAUAAAAUACAUGUAGCAUGUCUAAGAUCGAAUUUAGAGUGGAGAAUGCUGAGAAUUACUAUCUCUAUCUCUAUCUCUUUUACUGUUUGGAAUGCCUUGCUGCAGGUCGUUUGCAGAUUCUAUAUUCUGUUGGCAGACAAUUGGAAUAAGUUUAGAUGAUCGGUGUCUGUUCUGCUUUGUUUUGCUACUGCUUUUUCUCAGUUCAAUUGUAUAACAUUUGUUUUUUAAUUACAUAUUGGUUUUACCUGAUUGUGAAUCUUCUUUUAUCAUCUAAUGUGCAAUUUAGUUUUGAUUU